AUGAGGGGACACCCCAUCUGGAGAGAGUGGACAGCCUGUGACGAAGAUGAUCCUGAUGGCAGUGUCACUCCCUUUGACUUAACCGGGUCUACAACAGCUCUGGUGGUGUGUACGGCAUUUGGGACGAGAAAGUAUAGGAGCCCUCCAUGCAACAUUAUUAACGAAGAGGAGAACUCUCUUCGUUUCAAACCACCGCUGCCUGACUGGAAACAAGAUGCCAUCAGGAAUGCCACCCCAGUCUACUACGGCAAGGUUCAUCUCCUCUUCAACUCUUCUUCUUGGAAUGUCACCGAGGAAGACCAGCAGGUCCUGGGAUACGUCUCUAACGAGGCCUAUUACAUUCUAGACAAACUAACCCCAAAUGUCAUCACUGUUGACGUUGCUGAGAAUCUGGACCUGAGAGUCUCAAAACGGAGUAAAAAAGAGACCAUGUAUGAAGUCAUGACUAUUCUCAGAAAGAUAUUUGGGCCAGACAUACCGGAUCCAUACAGGGCUCUCUCGUAUCGAAAUGGAGCAGUGAUCCCUUGUUCCGCUGUGCCUUUACGGCCUACCGCACAGGAGUCCCAGAAGCUGUCUUCGACCUUCUAA